GAGUACCAAGAUCGCAGUAGUAUCGGGCGCACUGUAAUCUGGCAUUCGGUAUUUUAUCAACAACAAUAAUACUUGUAUACUCACAUUAUGUUCUCUUAGAAAGAUCAAUAUUCCAAUUCUCAAUAUAAAUAUAGUUUGUGCAUGUGAUAGUGAAUUUCCUAACAAAACAGCAAGAUGCCGAACAGGAUUGAACGUUCAACGCUGCUAGGUUUAGGCGACAAUAAUAAUUAUGGUGCUCUUGAAAAAAAUAGCGUUUCUUCCCCUUCGACGAUAUUUUCACCCAGAAGGGUAAUCUAUUGCGUCCAUGGAAAACCCAGUGCUGGGUGUUGCAAGGUACUUGAAGGAGAAAUAAUUGUAAAUAUAGAUGGCGGUGAUGAUGAUUUGAUGAGUACACAUACCAAAGAAAAUAUCAAUGCCAGUGAACUCGUUAACAAACACUGUCAUCAAAAUGAAGCCGUUGGAGUUGAUAGAAGUGCUAGACGGAAGUUGAUAACAGCCAGUGUACUAUGUGUAAUAUUCAUGUUGGGAGAAAUAGUAGGUGGUUAUUUGUCGAACAGUUUGGCCAUAGCCUCAGAUGCGGCUCACCUGCUAACGGACUUCGCCAGUUUCAUGAUAUCUCUGUUCUCCCUGUACAUGGCGAACAGGCCGUCCACCAAAAAAAUGUCAUUCGGCUGGUACAGAGCUGAGGUCAUUGGGGCCCUGACGUCUGUCUUGAUGAUUUGGGUGGUCACCGGCAUCCUCGUUUACAUGGCAGUCCAAAGGAUAAUAAACGAAUCGUACGAGGUGGACGCGGAGAUCAUGCUGAUCACUUCUGGGAUAGGUGUGGUCGUGAAUAUCAUAAUGGGUCUAUCUCUUCACCAACACGGUCAUUCCCACCACGGCCACAAUAGUGAGAAUAAAUCCGGAAACGCAAAAGAGAAUAUCAAUGUUAGAGCUGCUUUUAUUCACGUCAUUGGAGAUUUUCUACAGAGUUUCGGAGUUUUUGUAGCUGCUAUAUGUAUCUACUUCAAGAGUGACUGGAUGAUAGUAGAUCCAAUUUGCACAUUCCUAUUUUCGGUGCUGGUACUGAUAACAACUUUCGCAAUAAUCAAAGAUGCCUUGAUGGUACUUAUGGAAGCUCUGCCAAAAGGCAUUGAUUUCGAGGAAGUUAUGAACAUACUUCUUGCUAUAGAGGGUGUCAAAAAAGUUCAUAACUUGAGGAUAUGGGCAUUGAGUCUUGAUAAAAUUGCGAUGUCAGCUCAUAUUGCGAUAAGUUCUGGAACAAAUCCUCAGAAUGUUUUAAUGGUUGCUACAAAGAAUGUGCAUGACAAGUUCAACUUUUUCGAAAUGACAUUGCAAAUUGAAGAGUUUCAAGAAAUCAUGGAAGAUUGUCAGCAAUGUAGAAAUCCAGACUGAUAUUUCCUUAGCGUGCCAAUUGUGUUUUAAUUUAUUGUUAUUUUUAUUAAAUGAUAUUGAACU